GGUUUGUUCAUCAGAACUGACACUUGCAGUGGGUGUAUGUGAACUUCUACCAUUGCGACUUACUUAGAAGCGUGCAUGUAAAAUCCAUGGGCGAGUGUUGCACUGGUGAUAGUGACCUUGGAUAUCUUAUGUAAUGGCAGAGGAACAGUGUGACUUGACUGCUUGUGUUCUGCACUUCCAGGGCUUUGGUCAAGUUGGUGGGUAUUCCUCCAGAAGGCAAUGGACCAUGCCAGAGCAGCAAUCUCUAACUUGUUUGGUGGCGAGCCAAUGUCAUACACACGCUUCAGCAUUGCCCGGCAAAUGGAUGGAGACAACAGCCAUGUGGAGAUGAAGCUGUCCGCUGAUGAUGAGGAAGGAGGGGAAAUUGGGAGACAAGAGCAUAUGCAUGCCAGCAUGCCUCCACGGAGGAGUGUCAAGAACCUCUGCUUCCUAGUCAUUGCAGCUCUCCUCCUCCUUUUGAUUGGGUUUCUGAUUGGCUACUUGAGUUACCGUGGACGAAUGCAGAAGGCUAGCAGGUGUCUGGAUGGAAGUGGCAAGUGUGAGAUGACUCCUACUGCAUCUUACUUAACGGAGGAUGAAACUGAGGAGGAAGAGGUUCCUGGACCGCCUGUCUUAUACUGGCCUGACCUCAGAACCCUGUUGUCAGAAAAGCUGUCAGCCAAACGUCUUGAGGACAGCUUGAGGCAAAGAGCAAACAAGGACUCUUUUGAAGCUGGACAGAUUGAAGAUGAGAAAGCUGCCAGCUACAUUCAUGACCAGUUUAACAGCUUCCACUUGGAUGAAGUCUGGAAUGAUGAGCACUACAUUAAGCUGCAGGUCAAAGGCAGUAGCAACAACAGAGUGUCUACUGUGCAAAAUGGUGAAGAGGAGGAACUGGAGAGUCCCAAUGCAUAUGUAGCAUACAGCAAGACUGGCUCAGUUGUUGGCAAACCAGUUCAUGUGAACUAUGGACUGAAAGCUGAUUUUCAGAAGUUAGAGAAGCUGGGUGUUCCACUGAAUGGAGCUAUACUCAUUUUCAGAGCUGGAAAGAUAACCCUUGCUGAGAAGGUUGCAAAUGCCCAAGAUGCAGGAGCAGCUGGUGUCCUGAUGUACCUGGAUCCCUAUGAUUACAAGAACACGGAUGCACUUGUCCCGUUUGGACAUGCCCACCUUGGAACUGGAGACCCUUUCACCCCAGGCUUCCCUUCUUUCAACCACACCCAGUUCCCACCAGUGGAAUCUUCUGGACUGCCUCGCAUCCCUGUUCAGACCAUCUCUAGCCAAGCAGCAGGCAGACUAUACAGCAAAAUGGAUGGAGACAAAUGCCUUCUGGAGUGGAAAUCUGGGGUCAUGGGAUGCAAGAUGAUGAGCAGCGCAAACAACAUGACAGUAAAAUUGAGUGUGAACAAUGUUAUGGUGGACCAGAAGAUUCUGAACAUCUUUGGUGCUAUCAAGGGAUUUGAAGAACCAGAUCGAUAUGUUGUGAUCGGAGCCCAGAGAGACUCCUGGGGCCCAGGAGCAGCCAAGGCUGGUGUUGGAACUGCCAUAUUGUUGGAACUUGCCCGUGUGAUCUCAGACAUAGUGAAAAAUGGUGGCUACAAACCAAGGCGCAGCAUCAUCUUUGCUAGCUGGAGCGCAGGAGAGUACGGAGCUGUGGGUGCUACUGAAUGGCUGGAGGGGUACUCUGCAACGCUGCAUGCCAAAGCCUUCACUUACAUUAACUUGGAUGCUGCAGUUCUAGGCUUCGAUCACAUGAAGAUAUCUGCUAGCCCACUGCUGUACACAUUGCUGGAAAGAACUAUGAAGGGGGUGAAGGACCCAAUAAAGGAUUCGGGAAAUCUGUAUGACAGAGUUGGCUCUGACUGGGUAAAAACAGUUGUUCCCCUUGGUCUGGAUAAUGCAGCAUUCCCUUUCCUGGCCUUCUCAGGAAUCCCUGUGGUUUCCUUUGGUUUCUGCAAUAAAGAUAAGGAAUAUUCCUUUUUGGGAACUACUGAGGACACUGUGGAGAACCUGAAGAUGACUGACAAGUUGUAUGAUCUUAUGCGUGCUGCUGCAGAAGUUGCUGGACAAAUAGCUCUCAGGUUGACCCAUGAUCAUGAGCUUUACCUGGACUUCGAGCGAUACAGUGAAGAAUUGUUAGCGUUCCAGGAGAAAUUUUUUCCUUACGAUCGGGAUGUGAAGGCUCUGGGGCUGACCUUGAACUGGCUGUUUUUUGCCCGUGGUGACUUCCAGCGAGCUACAGAUACACUGAGACGAGACAUUGCGAACAGUGACAGGGAAAACAAGAUCGUCCGCAGGGCCCUGAAUGACAGGAUCAUGAAGGUGGAAUACGACUUCCUCUCCCCUUACCUCUCGCCAAAAGAUGCUCCCUUUCGCCACAUCUUCUUCGGCAGAGGCUCCCACACCCUGCAGAGUCUGCUGGAGAACCUGCAGCUGCUGAGAACCAGCAGGGACAGCGUGGAUGUGAACAUGCUGAAAGAGCAGCUGGCCCUGGCGACCUGGACCAUUAAAGGAGCUGCCAAUGCCUUAGUGGGUGAUAUCUGGGAUACAGACAACGAAUUCUAGACAUGGCAAACACCUGGGUAACGUACAGGAUUAGGGAAACCCGCUCCCUAACAUGGCAUUAUUUUUCCAUAGAUUCUUUGGCAACAAAUAUUUUUUGACCAAAGUGGGGCAUAAAAUUUAAAUCUCAACUUGACAAAUUCACAGGAGGCAGUUUUAAAGCAGGUACUAGGAUUAUCAUGAAAUCUGCUCUGACCAGGCUCCCAUCUGACAAACCCGUCAUGUACAGCUGCUUGUGGGGCUUUGCUUUCCAGUGUACUUGAGAACCAACAUCUCAGGUGACUCCUAAACCAGUACCUUGAGUGGGGAGGUACCUCAUCUAUUUAGGGUUUCAAUUGUUGGCCUCCUAAACCUAGUGAUAAAAUGGGGAAUGGAUUCCUCUUAACUCUUGUGAUGAGGAUCCUUUUUCCGGAAGGGAGCUGCAGAGAUCAACCUGUAGCUCAAAAAUAAACCAACCUAGUAAUAGCCCACAAGUGCUGACUUAUCAGCAAGCUCUGAAGUGCCCAGCCUGCCUUUACUCAACGGGAGAGUCCCAACAUCUUACAGACUUGUUUUUGCCGAGGCAGGUCUCGAUACCCAGGGAAAAUGACCCAAAGAUUAUCUAAUGCCCCUUUUAAAUCCUUAGCUGGCACCUCAGCGACUCCUGCGGCAUUGAGGAAUGGCUCUAGACUGGCACUUCAGACCUUGCUGCUGUGGGGCCUUUUGUGAAAUCGAGUCUCUUGCUGGCCAAACCCUGUCUGACUGAUGCCAUUUUGCAGGAUGGCUCUUGUUUGGCACUGAGAUAUUUAUUUGUUUAUUUAUUUAUCAGUGACAGCGUUCACUAUAAAUGGUGUGGUUUUUUUAUAGAAGAUAAUUAUCGGAAGCAGUGCCUUCCAUAAUUAUGACAGUUAUACUGUCGUUUUUGAAUAAAGCAGCAUCUGCUAUUACAAUCAAACAUGAUACUGGAACUUUGCAUUUAAAAUAACCUUAAACAGGUCCCUCAAAAACCAAAAAGUUUUGGAAAACUAGCAGUUAAGCUUUCUGUGGCAAAAACACCCCUCUGGAAGAAACCCAAAUGUGCAAACCUGGUAGCAAGUCUCCAGGUUGUGCUCUAAAGUGAUCUUGAAAUGCUGAAAAUUGGAAAUACUAGAAAUCUGGCUGCCCUGUGGUGUCUGUGCCUCUCUGCGGGUUUCGGACCCCUCUUUGCACCCCUUUCUGGAUGCAGCGUGCUCUCACAGGGAGCACAGCUUUCCCCUUGGCCUCAGUGGCGGAGCUUGCUGUGUAGCCCUUGCUCCACCUGUGGCAACACACAAACUACUUGUACUUCAGAUUAGGUAUUGGCCCAAUAUUUAAAUGGCAGCUUCCUGCAAACUUCCAGUACCUUAUGUAUCAUGAAACCUAACUGACAUUAUCGGGGGCAGUGUCUUCCAUAAUGUGUAAAGAACAAGGUAGUUUUUGCCUACCACAGUGUUAUAUCGGAGGCAGUGACCUCCAUAUGUUGCACUAUGGGUGUACGUAAUUAUCGGGGACAGUGUUUCCCAUAAUUGUUCUAUGCUUAUCAUGCAAUGUCAUCUGCGAAGCUUGAUGGUUAGUAUCUAACAUGGAUCAGUUUCCUGCAGUCCUAUUUUUUCACUCUCCUGUGGUGAUGCAAAUACAAACUUUGGUCUGUUAUGUGCUUCCCUAUAUUCUACCUUCUCUGUAGGCUGAACUGUUUCAAAUAGCUGUGCUGUCUUGAAGUGGCUUCCUGCCUCCUGAAUGGGGCUGGUGCUUGAAUGUUUUGUGGAAACUAGGCUAGUUAGACUGUGUGCUCUGUGAUUUAGUAAACUUCCUUCAGAUCUAUUACAAGGACUUGGGGAGUUAAAGGUGAAUGUAGGGCCUGGGGCUAAUGCUGUCUGGAGGGCUCUGGU